AUGAGUAAUAAUCAAAACAAAGAUAAUGAUUCGCUCCAGCGGUCUCUGCUGAAAGAAUCACUUGCAUCCUCGUUAUCCUCUAACCUACUGGAGGAACAUGUACCGAUUCCCUUACAUGAUACUGAUAAUGGAACUUCCACUUUUGGGCGAAGAAGUUCUGGAGUUUCUUCACCAUCAGAGCAAAAUGGACUACGCAAAGAAAGGUCCUAUUCGUCUGCGGUGGCGGUAGCAGGGCAGGCAAUACAGAAUAUUAGAAGAUCUAUGAGUAUGUCAGCUACUGCUUCUAUUGAUUCCAAUGGAACAGACCCUCUUCAAAGAGUUCCUACCGGGUACACUGUACGAGAUAUAUAUGGUGAUAUGGACGAAAAUGAUAUCAACCUUCAACGAACACUCACUCGGUCUACCAUAUUGACCACAUUGUCUCAUCGAGUGCAACCUCUGCGAUAUAGAACUGCUCUGAGAGCUCCUACGACAAAGGAGGAAGAAGCAGAAAGUGAUGAAUACAAACAAGUUUACGAAGGGGUGCCCGAUAUUUCUGUACCGACCAAAGAAUUUGGAGCGGAAUUUGCAGAUAUAGAUCCUGAACUUGUAACCUGGGAUGGUGAUGAUGAUCCGCAUUAUCCACGAAACUGGUCUCGAGCACAAAAAGUAUUUCAAACUAUGAUUGUGGCAUUGUACACUCUCAUUUCUCCUAUGUCGUCGUCAAUUUUAUCGCCGGCAAUGGAGGAUAUUGCUGCGAGUCUUCAUAUGAAUUCUAACUUUAUAAUGUCGUUUUCAGUAUCGGUGAUGGUGUUGGCGUGGGCUCUCGGACCGUUAAUAAUUGCACCUAUUUCCGAGCUGGAUGCAUGUGGACGCCGUCCCGUACUUAAUAUCUCAAUCUGGGUGAUUUUCGUCUUCAAUUUGGCAUGUGGUUUUGCAAAGACAACCACUCAACUCUGUGUGUUUCGUUUCUUGGGCGGCCUAGGAGGAUGUGCCGCUCUUAAUGUGGGAGCUGGAACCCUUGCUGACUUGUGGAGUGACUCUGAGCGACAAAUGGCUAUGGCAGCGUACUCUAUAUGUCCCUCUUUGGGACCUAUUCUUUCUCCAGUAAUUGCAAGUUUCAUCAUCCAAGCCAAGGACUGGCCAUGGGUAUUUUAUGUGUUGGCUAUAUUCAACGGAGCGGUGGCUAUCUUUGGAACCAUUUUCUUCCGGGAAACUUACUCACCUCGGCUUCUCAAAGACAAGGCUAAUCGUAUCAGAAAAGCUACCGGCAACAGCCAUAUUCAUACGAUUUUCGAGGUUGCAGAUGGACUGACAAAAUGGGAAAAAAUCGUGCUCACGUCCACAAGACCACUCAAGUUGUUGUUUACUCACCCUAUGAUUAUUGGAUUGGGUUCAUUCAUGGCAUUUGUAUACGGUUUCAUGUACUUGAUGAUCGUAACGUUUCCAUCUGUAUGGAAAGGCACCUAUGGAUUCAAGACCGGAGUGGCAGGGUUAUUGUAUCUUCCAAUGGGAAUUGGAUUCAUGCUAGGAACCGUGUUUUGGAGUUACGCAAUCGACCACAUUUACCAUAAGCUUACGGCGAGGAACAAUGGGGUACCUAAACCAGAGUACCGUCUUCCUUGUUUGCUCUUUUCAGGAAUCGGUAUACCAGUUGGGCUUAUUUGGUAUGGAUGGAGUGCUGAGAAGCAAUUGCAUUGGAUUAUGCCCUCGAUAGGAUCAGCGAUCUUUGCGUUUGCAUUUAUUGCCGUAUUUCAAACCAUCCAAAAUUACCUUAUCGAUAUGAAUAACCGAUUUGCAGCCUCGUCUGUGGCAGCUGCAGCCGUGUUCAGAUCACUUUUUGGGUUUCUGUUCCCCUUAUUUGCGAACAAAAUGUACGAAAGGCUCAAUUACGGGUGGGGCAAUACAAUGUGUGGACUCAUUGCUUUGGCAUUGGGUCUUCCGUUCCCAAUCAUAUGCUUCUAUUAUGGUGAAAGAAUGAGAAAUUGGGCGAACAAUAGAAUGGAUAGAGAACAAGCACAAAGAGACGCCCGAAACUUGGAACGGUUACGGAAACAGGAAGUAAAAUAA